UGCCUGGCAUAUAGUAAGCACCCUACAAAUAUAUGUGAUGAUGAUGAUGAUAACAGACAAUCUGACAACAUUUAUCUAAAGAAAAAAAAUGUACAUUUCCUUGGACUGAGUGAUGUUGGUUCUAGGAAUGUAUCCUAGGGAGAUAGUAAGUUGAGUGCUUAAAGAUAGGUACAAGACUAUUCAUUGCAGUGCUGGUUGUAACAAUAAAACAUUAGAAGUAUCCUGCAUGUCCAUGAAGAGACAUCUCUUCUUAGGGAUAUUUCCACUCAUAUAUAUGUCAUUUUUCUUCUCUACAACAUUUACAUUAAACAGUUAAUUUCCUUAGAUAUAGCCAAGAUAAACACUCCACAAAUUCUUGAUGUCUUUCAGGGAGGUGACUUUAAAAACAAACAAACCAAAAUGGGACAUUGAUCCUGUAUGCAUUCCCAGAGGAAUAGAGACCUCAUUGUAUGUAGUAGGGGAACUCUUAUAAAUGAGCUAUUCCUCACAUGUCAUGUAGAGGUUGAUAUAGAAUAAUCUGGAUUCAAAUGAUAAAAUUUUAGAGGCACUGGCCAAGCUUUGAACCAAUUUUAGAAAUGAGGAUUUGCCAUAUUUUAGCCCCAAGAAACAGAAUUAGUAAAGGGAGAAUACAGUUAGAAUAGAAUAUCAAUAAAAACUUUAGUCUUUCUCUUGAAUUCUGAGAGUUUCAUAAGCCCCAAACCCAGAGUUUCAAACUAGGGAAGACAUGCUAAGUAGUUUGAGAAUGGGGAGAAUGCUGCAAAAAUUAAGGAUGUAUUUCUCAAAAAAGGAGAAUGAUGGUAGUGGUUAGAAGAGGCAAUUUCCUUCCUCUUAUCUAAUUUCGGCUCCAGAGCCUCCAGCAGAAACUCUUCAAAAUCUUGCAUGUUACAGACUUCACUACCCCCAUCGGAUUGGAGAUAACAUGUGGCUCGUGACAGCUCUGCUCCUUUGGGUUCCAGCUGGUGCGCAAACGGACCCCACAAAGGCAGUGAUCACCUUGCAGCCUCCUUGGGUCAGUGUAUUCCAAGAGGAAAAUGUAACCUUAUGGUGUGAGGGACCCCAUUUACCUGGGGACACCUCUACACAGUGGUUUCUCAAUGGCACAGCCAUUCAGACCUUGACCCCCAGACACAGAAUUGCUGCUGCCAGUGUCGGUGACAAUGGUGAAUACAGAUGCCAGACAGGUCUCUCAGUGCCAAGUGACCCAGUACAGCUGGAAGUCCACAGAGAUUGGUUACUGCUCCAGGUCUCUAGCAGAGUCAUCAUGGAAGGGGAACCUCUGACCUUGAGGUGUCAUGGAUGGAAGAAUAAGCUGGUGUACAAGAUGCUUUUCUACCAAAAUGGCAAGGUUUUUAGGUUUUCUCCUCAGAAUUCUGAAGUCACCAUUCUGAAGACCAACCUGAGUCACAAUGGCAUCUAUCACUGCUCAGGCGAGGGAAAGCAACGCUUUGAAUCAGCAGGAGUAUCUAUCACUAUAAAAGAGCUAUUUCCAGCCCCAGUGCUAAAAGCAUCUUUGUCAUCACCCAUCCUGGAGGGGCAUCUGGUCAACCUGAGCUGUGAAACAAAGUUGCUCCUACAGAGACCUGGUUUGCAGCUUUACUUCUCCUUCUACAUGGGCAGCAAGACCCUGCUGAGCAGGAACACAUCCUCUGAAUACCAGAUACUAACUGCUAAGAGAGAAGAUUCAGGGUUAUACUGGUGCGAGGCAACCACAGAAGAUGGCAAUGUCAUCAAGCGCAGCCCUGAGUUGGAGCUUCAGGUGCUUGGCCUCCAGACACAAACUCUUGUUUGGUUUCACGUCCUUUUCUAUCUGGCAGUGGGAAUGCUAUUUUUGGUGGACACCAUUUUCUGUACGAUUAUAUAUAAGGAACUGCGAAGAAAGAAAAAGUGGAAUUUAGAAAUCUCUUUGGACUCUGGUCAUGAGAAAAGAGUAAACUCCUACCUUCAAAAAGAGAGGUAUUUAGAAGAGCCAUAAUGUCAUGAACGAGAGCAGCUGCAAGAAAGGACAUACCAGAAGCCACGGAGGGAGGGCUGUGGCAGCCCAGCAGGGGCCCACCACGGAUCUAGACAGUCCCUUGCCUUCUUCUCUGUGCAAGCGCUGGGGUGCAAACAUCUGAAAGUUUAAACACAUUAGAACUGUGAGUCUCAUGACAGAUAUCUGAUUAACUCUGAAAUAAAGCAAACAAAUGAGCUGA